GUGUGGUUUCCACCAAAAUGAUGGCCAAUGAGUUUCAUUUCAGGAGAACAAAUUACAGUAGGCUAAGCUGACUCUGUAGACUAGAGGACCAUACUUUAUAAUCAAUCUAUAAUAGAUAGACAGAGAAGACAAGAGAGAGAAGAAGAAGAAGAAGUAAAAAGAGUACCACACCAAUUCUUUAGAAUUUGGAAACGACGAUUCAGCUGUCUCCCGAGCGGAAUAAUCAUCGUCGGCGACACCAGAAAAGAAGCUUUGGUCAUUCCAAAAGAUUUUUGGAGCGAGAGAGAAAGAAAAACCGGCCUUGUGUUCUGUAACGGAAGCAGUGACAUGAGAUAAAUUCUGUGGCAGGAUCGUUACGAGAGGCAAAAAGGAGGAAACUUGUUAACUCUUCAUCAUUACUCACUCACUCGCGUAUAACUGUCUUGUCUCGCCAUCUAUUUCUCUCUCCUUUGUAUUCAUGGGGUAAUCUCAUCUGUUAUUUCUUACUCUGCACCUACUUUCAGCUUUUGCCUCUCUUUCUCUUCUCUCUCUACGACGUCGUUUUGAAUGGCACAUCUGGAAGCUCCUGUCAGAACUGUGUCCAGUUCUCAGCCAGAAACAGGUGUGGGAGAUGGUGAUCUGUACACGCAGCUAUGGAAGCUAUGUGCGGGGCCUUUGGUGGAUGUUCCUUGCGAAGGGGAGAGAGUUUUCUACUUUCCGCAGGGUCACAUGGAACAAUUGCAAGCUUCGACUAAUCAGGGACUGAACCAGGAGCUGAGCCAGCAAAUUCCUCAUUUCAAUCUCCCGUCCAAGAUUCUCUGUCGUGUUGUUCACAUUCAGUUGUUGGCGGAACAAGACACAGAUGAAGUUUAUGCUCGUAUCACUUUGCUUCCGGAGUCAAAUCAAGAAGAGCCAACGAGUCCAGACCCAAGUCCACCAGAGACCCAGAAACAGAGCUUUCACUCUUUUAGUAAAAUAUUAACUGCUUCUGAUACUAGCACUCAUGGAGGAUUUUCAGUUCUUCGGAGGCAUGCUACCGAGUGUCUGCCUCCAUUGGACAUGACCCAAAGUAUCCCCACUCAGGAAUUGGCAGCAAAGGAUCUUCAUGGGUUUGAGUGGAAGUUUAAGCAUAUAUUCAGAGGUCAACCAAGGAGGCACCUGCUCACAACUGGCUGGAGUACAUUUGUGACAUCCAAGAGGCUUGUUGCUGGAGAUGCUUUUGUGUUUCUGAGGGGAGAGAAUGGCGAACUGAGGGUUGGUGUUAGGCGUGUAGCACGACAGCAAAGUCCCAUGCCUUCUUCUGUGAUAUCAAGCCAGAGUAUGCAUCUUGGAGUGCUUGCCACCGCCUCUCAUGCAUUUUUGACCAGUACCAUGUUUGUGGUAUAUUACAAACCUAGGACUAGCCAGUUUAUUAUUGGUCUAAACAAAUAUCUGGAGGCAGUGAACAAGUUUUCAGUUGGCAUGCGUUUCAAGAUGAGAUUUGAGGUGGAGGACUCACCUGAGAGAAGAUUUUCUGGUACCAUUAUUGGGGUUGGGGAUGUAUCUCCAGGAUGGCGGAACUCUCAGUGGCGUUCGUUGAAGGUUCAAUGGGAUGAACCUGCAAUAAUUCCAAGGCCAGAGAGGGUUUCUUCGUGGGAGAUAGAGCCUUUCGUUGCUUCCACUGCUUUGAAUGUCAUUCAACCGGUGGUGAAGAGCAAAAGGUCCAGGCCUGAGGUUUCGUCUUCUGAAAUUGGCCCCAACUCACCUGGUGCGGCUUUGUGGUAUCAUGGACCAUCCUUAUCUCAUGACCCUACUGCAUUGGGUGGCACUUCAGAGGUCCAAAGCAAUGAAAGCCCAGUUAUAUGGUGUACAAGGAUGAAAGAAAUAAAUGUGAAUCCGAUGAAUGGUAACAAGAGCAGCUCGAACAGAGUCCGUGUGGAAGGAAUGUGGCCAUCUUCCCCACAUUUGAGUGUCUCUUCGAACCUUUUUCCGGACCCCAAAAACAGCAAAGCUGUCACAGCACAAUCAACUGUCUCCGGGUAUGCCCCUGUUUCAUCUAGGCCGAAUGAUGAUUUGGCACAUGAUCCCGUGGAAUGUGGUAAAAGAAGUGAGAAUCCCAUGGACUGUUGGGUGUUUGGAGUUAAUUUGACUAACAAUUUUACUAAUGUUGCCCUUCCUGAUAAAGAACUAGGAUGUCCACCUAUAAUAAUUCCUAGUGGUCCCAAAGAUUCUAUUCCUGUUGCUGCAUGUGAAACUCAGCCUGGUCAGAAUCACAAUUAUUCACUGUCCAAUAAGCUGCAGAAGCAAAUUAUUUCUGAUGGAUCACCCAGUGAGAGACACGCCAAGCAGGCCACAGUACCAUCCACCAGGACUCGGACCAAGGUGCAAAUGCAAGGUGUUGCUGUUGGUCGUGCUGUUGACCUCACUGUCCUAAAAGAUUACGAGGCUCUCAUAGACGAGCUUGAGAAAAUUUUUGAUAUCAAGGGAGAGCUUCGAAUGCAGACCAAAUGGGCUAUUACUUUCACUGAUGAUGAGAAUGACAUGAUGCUCGCGGGUGAUGAUCCAUGGCCUGAAUUCUGUUCUAUGGCGAAGAGGAUUUUCAUUUGUUCAAGGGAAGACGUGAAGAAGUUGAAAAGCAAGCAUUCUGGUUGUUCAUCAGAGGGUGAGGAGACUUUGUUGAGCCAAGAUUCACAGAAUAGGGAGGAAACUCAGCAAAUCUCUUGCGAUUUGACAGCUUAACCUUUUUAGUUUUUUGGUUUGGGAGGAGUUUAGGGUGCUUGAUGGUUUGAUUUGUUUAGUUUUAUGCGACUUUAAAUUGUAGAGUAGUGAAGGUGUGUAAGUGGACUAAUAUAAUAUAACUACAUUUAGGCACUUUUUUUAUUUGUGAAUACUCUUUUUGGGGUGGUACCAUCUGCAUAAACAAGCACGCCUCUUCUUUUUCUCCCUUUGAAAUGGGUUACGCAUGUUCUGAUUGAUUGAUUGAAUGAAUUUUAUUGUUGGGAGAUGACAUUACCAACGACAA